GUAAACACUAUGUUUUGGACGAUGACGCAUUCCUUCCAGGAACCGCCCCGUUUGAUUGCUGGGACGUGUAUCAGAGUGGGUGGACAGAGUCAGGUGUGUACAUUAUCUUCCCCUGGAGGGACCCGUCGCGUCCUUUGGAGGUGUUCUGUAACAUGGAGAUCCCUCCCGGAGGAUGGACGGUGUUUCAAAAACGUUUCGAUGGCUCAGUUUCCUUUAACAGAACAUGGGCAGAAUACCAAAACGGUUUUGGAAGUGCUCGGUCUGAAUACUGGCUAGGCAACGAGAUUUUACAUACCUUGACCAAAAGAAAUAACACUAGACUCCACAUUAUUAUUAACUCUACGGAGGGACACUCUUGGUACGAAGAUUAUGGAUCUUUUGCUGUGGAUGACAAGUCAACUCGUUACAGACUUACACUAGGUGGUCCAGCUAAUGGAACCGCAGGGGAUAUGAUGAUGGACAAUUUAGGCCUACCACAGGCUAACCUUAGUGGUAAGAUAUUCUACACAUCGGAUCCUCCCUAUAACGACAACCACAACUGUACCGCGCGGCUACACGGCGGUUGGUGGUUCGCGGCGUGUGACCUAGCCUUCCUGAACGGGCUGUAUGGGAACGUGUCGUGGUGGAAUCCAUGGCACGGGCGGAUUAUGCAAGGAGACACCUUCCUGGCCAGUGAAAUGUCAUUUAACAGACGUCAUAUAACACUGUAGCAACACCUUUUCAAAAGAUUAUUUUUUG